AUGGCGUUGCGCCGAUGCCGCGGGUUUGUUCUCAGCACAUCCGCUUCGUCCCUGCCUCCUGCUUUUUUUCUUUCUCUUCUUUUUGUGUUUGUGUGUUUUCUGUUGCUCCGUUGGGUGGAGGCCUCCACGCUGCUCUUUCCUCUCCUCCCUCCACCCCCGCUAGGCGCUCUCGUAAGCAGAAGCCAGUCGAACGUAUUCACGGUGAUUGCCGCCGGGACGCUGCGCGCCUCUUCUGACGGCGCUGCGUUUUUGCCCCUCCCGGAGAGACUCCGCGCCUCGACCGCGAUGUUUGGGGUGUCGCCGCCGCCCUCCAUGUGGGGGAACCCGCGCGUGAGUGUGCCGCCGCUCUCCGCCGUCCAGCCCGCGGGUCCACCCGGCGAGUGGGCCGGGACGGAGGUGCUGGGGCCUGCAUCCUCGUCUGCGCAGGGGGGUGACACACUCGCUGCGGGCCCCGCAGGGAGCGAGGCGGACUGGCAAAGGAAGCUCUCACCCACGGCGACGACGGCGGCCGGGGAGAAGGGGGAGUCGAGCCUGCACGGCCGCGGCGCCGACGCCGCGCCGCUGGGCCUGAGUUCCAUGUCGUCGCCAGCGGCGGCCUCCCUCGCCCCGCAGGCCGCACUGGAGGCGUGCGCAGAGGCGCUUCGCGUGUACGCGGCAGCGGCGUUUGUGCCCCCCGCUGAAAAGACGGCGGUCCUUGCCAUGGUGGAGGCGCUGGCAGCGUACACUCAGGCGCGCCUGCGCACCCAGCAGCGCUUCCUCGAGUGUGAGACGUGCCUGCACCAAUUCAUGCAGCUGCAGUCCGGCGUUAGCGCCGCGGCGGCGGGGUUUGCCUCUUCCCCUGCGGGCUGCAUGACGGAGAGCUUUGCGUUUCAGUCGCCGUCGUCUGCUACGGCUGUUGCGCUCAACACGGCGAACCUGCAGCGGGGCCGGGCCAAGGUGGACACAGACCUGGCCGAGUGUAGGCGGAUGCUGCAGCAGGUGGAGGCCUUUGCGCGGGCGUUUCAGGACCUCCAACGACGUCGGACGCGUUUGCUUGAGAGUCUUGAGGAGGCGGAAGCGCCGUACCAACUCCCAUCACUUCCGCCUCCGUGCCACGCCGGUGCGCUUGUGCCGCCUGCCGCCGCCCCCGUCUCGCAGCUCAGCGCCGCGCUGGAGGAUUGUAUGUCGCGGCUGCAGACGCAGUGGGAGACGCACGUCACCGCCACGGCAAACAUUCUUGCAUGCAGGCUGCACGGCGCCCACCUCCUGGAGAGUGGAGAGGCGCUCAGCAGCGGCGAAGCGGAGUUGAUGGAUAACGCCCGUUUGCUCACCUCGCUGCUGCAGAUGUGCGACGACACGCUCGGCCGUGUGGAGACGAUGCGCAGCCGCAUAAGUCGGCUUGGUUCCAGCCGCAUUGAGGAGGCAGAGGCGCUGGAAAAGCUCCUUGCGGACAUGGACCACUACGACCCUACCGCCGCGGAGCACGCGGGGCGGCGCAAGCAGAUCGAUGCGGAGCUGGAGGAGCUGCGGAACUGGCUGACGCAGAUUGGGCAGCUUCGCCAGCGUGCGACGACCACGGCAGAGCUGCUGCAGCAGUUUUUGCUCAGCGAAAGCAGGGAGGCCGCGGGGUCCGGGCGAACCACCCCGCGCGCGCUGCUGCACGGCGAGGGUGGGAGUGCACCGCCGUCGCACCGCCCCUCGCUGGGCGGCCCGGCUUCUUUGGAGGAGUGGCGGCAGGCCUUGACUGCGCCAGACACCGUCGCCGCAAGGGACACGGCCGGGCACGCUGCAGCCGCCGCCCCCGCGCCAGGCCCGGCAGAAGCCACCAGCAAAAGCUGCGACCCGACGUUUGCGGCGCCCACCGCCGCUGCGAACGUCGGCAACGCGGAGGAGAUCCCUUCCGGCGGCGUUGCCUUGCCGGGGUCGCCCGAGAGCCCCACCGCGGCGGCCGAGGACUGCAGGAGGGACGCGCUGCCGGAGGCGGAGGAGUGCGGAUGCGGCCUCACGGGACUGCCGCCUGCCCCCGGCGCGGACACCCGCCGCGACGGCGCCAGCGACGACGACGACGACGCGACGUCUGAGUACCACGCCAGCGCCUUCGACGACGACGGUCGCAGGGGGCACGUUGGGGGUGGCGGUCACCGGCGGCGGCGGCGGCGAAAGCGCCGCGCCGCUGCGGAGUACUUGGACGGCAUCGCAGCCUUCGCCAAGGCGGUGGUGCGGCGGGCCACGCGGUUCAGCGACUCGGAGUGCAGCUCCGCGAGCGACCCUGAGAGCGAGACGGAAGGGCGGCGGCGGCGGCGGCUCGAGUGA